AUGCUGCAGUGCGCCCCAUAUUACUAUGCGGAUCAGAAACCUGGCCGCUGCGCGCCGAGGACGUCAAAAGAUUUUCAGUGUUUGACCAUCGAUGUCUUCGGAGCAUUGCCAGAAUCUGGUGGGAACACCGGAUCAACAAUUCUGAAGGUGGAAGAGAGCCAGAGGCGGUCAAACAAUGACUUGGCAGCGAAGUAUGAAGGCCAUUACCAGCAAACUCAGCUGCGCUGGUCAUUGCCAUCUUCUUGGAUGGGGACCCCGAGACAGGCCAUGCCAAUGGUUAGAGACAUUGUCAGACAUGGCCCAGUCGCGCCCUCAGUGGUGCUCAUGCAUCCAAGCUAUUGCCUUCAAUGCAUAGCUCCCUUCCCAACCCCCCACUUAACAGUGCUGUAUUUACGCACUAAUUUAUCAGCUCCCAUCUCCAAUGCGCAGCUACCUACCCAACCUCCCCGAAUCAUCGGUAAACGAAACUGUGGCAGCUAUAACCACUGUAUGACAAGUACGCGGUUAUUACAGCUGACAAUGAUGAUGAUGAAGCAUACUUUCAAAAGGGAAUACAAAAUUGAAACCUUAAGGCGCGAACUUACUGACCGAAAGGUCCGAACAUCAGCACCUCGACUGCUCCUGUCUAGGCUUGAACAACCAAGUAAUAUCUUAGCCCUCAUGUUUUCUUCGGGUAACAUGGCAGCUACUCACCGGAAGGCUUAA